AUGGCCAAAACACACGUUGCUGCAAAGCGCCGCGUAGCCAAAGGUAUCGUCUCGGGACGGCUAGUGGAAUACCUUGUACGACCAGGCGAUGUGGAGGGUUCACGCAAAUCAGAAGAAGGACGGCCUGUCACGCUCAAGGCAGAAAAGAAUCAGGGGCCGAGAAAGCGAACGUACAAAUUUGAGGUCGCUGGAUGGUCUUGCGCCUUCGACGGCUCGUCCAAGAAAAAGGCGACUACAAUUAAGAUUCAGCUCAAAGUGGGUGACGAAGAUUAUGAAGUCAGGAUAGAUAGCCUGAACUAUUCUCCUUUGCGAUUUGAUGAGGGUGACUUGCAUAAACUACAUGAGGUUAGAGGGAAGAUGUUUUGGAAGUGCCGCACGAAGCGCUUCGUAUCCUAUUGGGAUGACGAAACCUUUGUUCUGGGUAGCCUAUCUACAAACCCGCUUCACCCUGAUAUUGAUGCGAAGACGAUGGUCAGAGACAAGCCUCCCGGCUCGGAAUCACUACUUGUAUCUCCACCAAUGAUCACAGGCUACAACCUGCGAACUAAAGAAUGGCUCGUUCUCCUUGACAAGGCGGAUGCGUUCUUGGAGGAACGUGGCUUGGCAGAUCUACAGAGAAAUGCUCUAGUCUCGCUGGCCCUGCGCUACCAAAACCUGACCGUCGCUCAACAGAAAAAGAUUUGGCGCAACUUCCUUGCCCGACUCAGAAGCCUUGACGCCAGCAGUAUCGAGUUCGACGACGUUAGGGACAACGUCGAUGAGCUUGUCAAGGAGGACAUGAACGGCCGCCAGAUCCGCAAUGCGAUCAUUACGGCUCGCCAGCUGGCGCUGUACAAAGGGAGAACGUUCUGCUAUGAGCAUUUGAAACAUGUUAUAGAAGUCAGUGGGGAGUUCGAGAAGUAG